AGUUUCAGUGAGUAUGAGCGAUGAAAAACAACCCACUUUCAGUUGAUGCUAAAACAGCAAAUAUCAUUCGCAAGCACUACAAUAAAGAAUGGAAACCUCCACCGCCGUCGUCAACCAGUUUUGGUCUCGAUGAAUUUGAACAUAAACGGCAUCUGAAUAAGCGCUUCUGGGAAGAAAACAAGCGAGUCUACCAGACAUACCACAAGGAAACUGAGUCUAGACCCUCUCAAAAACCAUCAAAUGUCAGCUUUGAUCCAGACUCAAUCCCUGCUAGAUCGAGACGCAGUCAGAACUACUUGGGCGAGCCUCGGGAUAACUUAGCCUCAGCUCCCUGUGCCAAUGUGGGCGGGUAUGCUGAGCCGGGGAAUAGAUUUCCCAAGUAUGAUUCCCGUCUGGGAAAGAAGUCCCUGUAUUACGGAUGGGCAUCUCUUAGGGAUAUGAUUGACAUGGAGGGACCGAUGAAACGACAGGAAACUACCGAAGAAGAUGAACUGCCUGGAGAUGAGAACGUAUCUCUACGAGUAGCUUUGAAUAAACCCCCUCCUUCUGGCGUCUACUGGGAGACUGGUUCCAAGAAGUAUGCCCUGCCCGAGCCGGAGUACAAGAAUAGCUCUGCCUGCAUCGUACCAAUGCCUACUAAACUUUACUCAGCUUCCGAGAAAGCUCUGGCAGAUGCACAGAUCUCAGGAAAGACCUUCCAGGAACUGUUUGGAGACCGUAAGAGGAAGAAAAAGAACCCGAUACUGGCCAUAAAAGCUAAACCGGCCAGACCAGCAAUAACUUUCGAAGUUCAGCCUCCCGGCGAGUUCAAUGUUGAUGACCACUUGCCGACCCCUCGUGAAAUGCCUGAGAUGGAAGAUCGCCUUAACAACAGUUUUGAAUCACAAGUGGGAAGUGCGAGGGGGGCUCCAGUUCCAUCGCCGCGGAUACAGACCGAGUCAGAACUUGCACCAAUUGUUGAUCAACAAACGCCUAAGAGUAGUCGUAAAUCGCAAAGGUCGUCAAAUCAUUUUAAUUUCAACCCGAACAGUAACUUGUUGAGUGUUUCACCGAGAAGUUCGGUGCAAAUUAAUGAUGAAAAUCAGUUGCCAAUGGCGAGAGUUUUAACUAAACCAGAGAUAGUGAAAACUGGACCUGAUUCAAGUGAACCAAAACCUGUAGAUCAUCAAUCUGACAGUGCAAUUAACACCGCUAGAGUCAAGUUGUUCUCUGAUCGGUCUCGCCUGUCGCCAUUGUUGGAAAUAAAGCAGUUAGAAACGGGUCGGAGUAUGGAAGAAAGCUUCAAUCUGGGAUCCAGUAGAUCCUUGGGAGAGCUAGGCGGCAAUGAUGUGCCCACAGUAGACGAUCUGUUGGGAGAUAUCAACUUGAGCAUCGAACAUACUUACAGAGAACUGUGUGACUCAGGAGUACUAGAUGAUGGCAAGUUAAAGAUGUUUAAACCGAAACAGCCCAAGCAGCGUAUCACAACGACCAAGUUCACCAAAGCCGAUGUUGGAAUUGUAGAUCCAGAAACAAGCGAGGGUGAACACGAAAAAACGGGUACAGAUAACGAAAACGAAGCACAAAAUGUUUCAUCGGAAACCAAUGUUAGUGCAGUGCCGGAAGGAUCUGAAAAUGCAGAAGAGAAGGCGAAAGCUCUUCAAGAGGAAACCGAAGUGUCUGGGAUUAAGAACGCAAACCAGUCAGAAAUAUCCCAGAAAGCUUUGCCUAUGGACAUUCAGGAGUUCCUCAUUAAACAGCUACCAGAAGGAGAUGUUCGCUGUUUCGCGCCUUCUAGAAGUCAGCUUCACAGCAAAACAAUGUACCAGAGCUUGCCUGCAAAGCCAUCCAAAACAAUGCGUGUGUAUCUAUGUUCUACGGGCGAUGAUAUGAAAUACGAAAAGGAAACGAUUUUGUACGGCUCAAUUCCAGAAGUGCAAGCUUACUGUAAAUCAAAAGGAUUAGAUCUCCAAGUUGUUGAUCUCUCAGAUUCCUACAUCGAUAAUUCCUACAUGUUUGAUCCAGAGCUGAUCAAUGUUAGAGUUUCAGAGUUGAAGCACUGCAUAGAUAAUUCCUUUGCAGUAUCGUCAAUUUUCCUAGUUGGAGAGAAGUACGGAUAUACGCCGUUGCCGAGAAUCAUUCUGAAGAAUGAUCUGGAAGUUUUGCUUCGGUUCAUGGAAAGCUACGAAGACAAGCAGUUGGUGUUCCUGGUCUAUGAACUGGACUACAAUUCGGAUCCAGUUACGUAUGUAUUUGAAGACGAAAAUGUGUUUACCGUUUUCAAGGAUUCUUUGCCGCAAGAACAAAGCAUGAAGAUGAACAAGUUUGAUCUGCAGAAAUUGGUGCACAAAACUCUCACUACUGCGUUUCAGUUAGCAGCGGAGAAGGCUUAUGCUGAGAAAGCGUUCACAACUGAGCAAAAAAUGAAAUAUUUCAUGUCGGUGUACGAGCGUGAAGUUAGAACAGCCUUGCCUCGUAGGAAGAAACUGCCCAACGAAUCACUCUUCUUCGUCAGACGAUUCAUGGAGAACAAUUCUCAAAACAUGGAAGUUCUCGAGACAUAUUUCGACAUUGCACCUGAUGGCUCGAUCGACAAGCGGCGCAGAGAUUUACUGGACACAUUGAUAUAUGACGUAAUCGAGCGGAACUUCCCGUCAAAAAAUGUGACCAAGUUCAACGUCAAAUGGAAUUCGAGAGUCGGAGUGGACCCUGAAUUCAUCCAAGAACAGGCUUACUACUUGCAGGACCUAAAUGGGAAGUUCAUUGAUAACAUUAAACGUGUCAUUGACGAGAAACUUGAAGCAGCUCCGAAACUCCAGUGCCCAGAACUGGAAGAGGAAAAAUUAACACAUCUUUACUACGCUAAACGACUCACAGAUUAUCACUGUUCAGCUGCGACACUAUUUCGGAAAAUAAUCACAUUCCUCGAAAUCCCAGAUCCGAAGAAUAUCUACAUGGCGCAAAAACAUGAACGAUUUCUAGUUUUGACAGUGGAAGAAUUUAAUUUUAAGAUUUCCAGCGGAAUAAAAACUUUACCUAUUCAUCUACUUUCUCUAGUUGGGUUCAUGUUAUCAAAAAAGCACCAAUCAUAA